AUGAAUAGUGAUUUCCUUUCAGCGAAAUACCCAGCCAUUUCCUCCCCUUCCCAUCAGAUCGGUCUGGGGAGAUCGAUACACUGCUGUUCGGAUCAAGAAUUCACAACGUGGCGAAUAGUGGUGGUUCCUUCAGUUCACCGGAUGAAGAUCGGGUGGGUUUCGUUUUUCGGCCAGAACCACCGGAGAGACAGGACUGAACUGCAACAGGCAGGGGUAUUACUCAAUAUCUAUCUAGUCAAUAUCUAUCUAUCUAUAUCAAUCUAUCUAUCUAUCUAUCUAUCUAUCUAUCUAUCUAUCUAUGUCAAUCAAUAUCUAUCUAUCUAUCUAUGUCAAGUCAAUAUCUAUCUAUCUAUCUAUCUAUUCUAUCUAUCUAUCUAUCUAUCUAUCUAUCUUAAAAUUCAAGUCAAUAUCUAUCUAUCUAUCUAUCUAUCUAUCUAUCUAUGUCAUCUAUCAAUAUCUAGCAUCUAUCUAUCUAUCUAUCUAUCUAUCUAUCUAUCUAUCUAUCUAUCUAUGCCAAGUCAAUAUCUCCCUAUCUAUGCCAAGUCAAUAUCUAUCUAUAUAUCUAUGUCAAGUCAAUAUCUAUCUAUCUAUAUAUCUAUCUAA